AUGUUAGCGCUUGCCACUUUGGGUGGCGUCGGUGGUUAUUACUAUCAUAAUGCCAAUCAUACUGUGAAGAUCGUUCAGCCUACCGAUACCAAACUCGCUGAGAAGCGCAAAGAAAUUGAUUAUAAUCAAGUGUACAAAGACAUUGCUGAAAUUCUUGACGAAAACUCUGACUACGAUGACGGUUCAUACGGACCAGUUCUUGUUCGCUUAGCCUGGCACGCUUCAGGAACUUAUGAUGAUGAGACCAAGACAGGCGGCAGCAACGGUGCUACUAUGCGAUUUGAGCCUGAAUCGCUCCAUGCCGCCAACAAUGGAUUGGCUAUUGCUCGUAACCUUUUGGAAAAGAUCCACGCAAAGUAUCCCGAAAUCAGCUACGGUGACCUUUGGACUUUGGCUGGUAUUUGUGCUAUCCAGGAAUUGGGCGGUCCCACGAUCCCAUGGAGACCAGGUCGUCAAGAUGCUUUGGACAAGGAGAAGUGCACGCCCGAUGGUAGAUUGCCUGAUGCCACAAAGAAACAAGAUCAUGUCCGCGACGUGUUUUAUAGAAUGGGUUUCGAUGAUCAAGAGAUCGUAGCUUUGCUUGGAGCUCAUGUUCUCGGUCGCUGUCAUCCUGAACGCAGCGGUUUUGAAGGACCAUGGCAGGAAGCACCCACCAUGUUCUCCAACGAGUAUUUCAAGGCCCUCACUGAGCGUGAAUGGAUUAAGAAAGAUCUUCCUCACGGUGGCUGGCAAUGGGUUGAUAAGAACAAUCCCGACGUGAUGAUGUUGCCUGCCGAAAUUUACAUGUACAACGACAAGGACUUUAAAAAGUACUUUGAUUUAUACGCAAAGGAUCAGGACAAAUUCUAUUCCGAUUUUGCUCGCGCUUUCUUGAAACUCAUCGAGCUUGGUGUUCCCUUCAAGGGAGAUGAGAAAGUGUACAGAUUUGAAACCAUCAAUGCCUAA